AUGGAGCAAAAUAAUAAUGAACCCGGUCAAAAUCACGUAGUCAAAACAAAAAUAUGGUAUUACGGAGGGAAAGAUGAAAUUCUUAACGGAAAAAAUGAAAUCCUUAACGAAAAAAAUGAAAUCCUUAACGGAAAAAAUGAAAUCCUUAACAGAAAAAUUGAAUUUUUUAAUGAAAGACGCGAGUUUUUAGAAACCAAAUUUGAUAAUUACGUUAUAGGAUUUUCCGUACUCCUUUUCGUUAUUGGAGGAGCUUUUGUUAUUUCUCAAUUUCUUGUGUAUCAUUUCAUGAAAAGCGAACUGAGUUAG